AUGAUAAGGUGGCAGUUCAACGAGGCUGUAACAUCAAAUUACAAAAAAGUGAAGGGGCCUGACUGCUUCCUGAAGAUGAUGGGACUUGGUGAUUUUCUUACAUUACUUUUUUCUUCCAUCUCUUUGGAAUUAGAGUUCUCUGGACGGGAAAUCCGGUCGGCGGUCGUCUUCAACCCGGCGGAGGACACGUCGUUGGCUCAUGAGGAGGACGAGGGCUCUGAGCUGAAGGGGCCUGUGAUUGACAGGCGCUGCUCACGGUGCAACAAAGAAGGGAUGAUCUAUCACACACGCCAGAUGAGAUCUGCAGAUGAAGGGCAAACGGUCUUCUUCACCUGUGUCCACUGCAGGUUUCAGGAGAAGGAGGACUCCUGAGGGCGAUCGUGUGGAGCGUCGGUGCUUCAGAACGUCUCCAGUUCUCCGUCAGCGUUCACAUUUUAAUGAAGAAGCGGCGGUGGUGAAGUUUGACCUUCAGUCCAGAAGAGCUUCUCAAGUUUUCUGCUUUCUAGUUAAAACUGCUGCAAGUUUCAGCUCACGUCUGAAGUAAAAGAACAUUUUAGAGAUUUUUUUUUAAUCUGCUGAGAUCUAAAUAAACAAACGAGACAACAAAU